AUGCUGUCUGUACAACAAUUAUUACGACCGCUGCUAGCAUCUUUGGUCCUAGCGACCCUAGCUGCGGCUGCUGAUUCAUACUCAGUCUCAGCGACAGCGACAUUAAAUGAUGAAUCAACUUCUGCGACUACGACGUCGUUGACCGGCAUCGCAACUCAUACGUUUCAAGUUGGACCGAAAUCAAAUCCACAUCAAUAUGUUCCGACUAACAUAACGGCAAACGUUGGCGAUGUUGUCGUCUUUGAAUUUUAUCCAACAAAUCAUUCGGUCGUGAAAGCAGAUUACCUGGCACCGUGUGUGCCAGCCAGUGGGAAUAUAUUUUACUCGGGGGCUUUUGCGACGUUUAAUGAACAAGGAGGACAAUUAGUUGGGCCGGCCCCAACUUGGUCACUGGUAGUGAACCAUACCAAUCCCACAUUUUUCUAUUGUACCGCAAUUGAUUCAUGUUUAAAGAAUGGCAUGGUCGGCGUGAUAAAUCCGAACUCAAGUCAAACUUGGGAAGCACAAUACAAGCGAGCCCUCGAAUAUCCAUACAUGUUAGUCCCAGGAGAGUCAAUGCCAGCCGAAGGCGGAGGAAGCAGCUCGGACUCGGGUUCAAACGACAGUUCGUCAAGCAGUAAACACGGGCUCAGCGCGGGAGCCAUUGCCGGUAUAGCAAUCGCUGGAGCAGUCUUUAUCGGCAUUCUGGUGGCCUUAUUCUUCGUUCUCGGUCGAAAUCGUGUGUACGCCCAAUGGAUGUCAUCGCAAGACGGGCGGACAGAACGCACUGCCCGAUGGGCACUGUUCAACCACGACGACCGGACCGAGUACAGCAAUGGCCACCGUAAAAGUGAAGUCAGUAGCAGUGUCGCGAAAGCAGGCCACGUUGAUCUCAGUGCUAUGUCUAGUCCGGACCCGACUGUGCGCACGUUCUCGCCUGGAACGGAGAAUAUAUCCCGUGGUGGUUCACCCGCUGCGCAGCAGGGCCAUUGGAGUUGGAACGAACCGUCUGUUCGUUCUUCCCGUCCCGAUGCGCCUACCGAGCUUGAAGGUCAUCCGAUCAUUUGGGAAGCCCCCGGGAGUACACCGGGGGGUCGGUUCUGA